ACACGAGUAACGGUCAGCUCGAGCCAACACAAUACACAGCUAACCCGGCGACUUGCUAGCUAAACGGGUCGUUAGCCGCUACUGCCUAAAAUACCUACCUGAAGCCCUUUGCUGUGUAUGGAAGCGGUCAGCAGCAUCACUAACGGGGUUCAUGUUACGUCGCGCCGGGGAAGAUGAGGAACAUUAUUGUGCUGUCACUGCUGCUGCUGAACAUACACAGUGUCAGAUCAGCACCCAAAGGCGUCACUGCCAGUUUGAAAGCAAAGUGGAGCAUGACGCCGUUCCUCCUGGAGACAAGCGAGUUUAUUGGAGAAGAUGGGAAUGAGAAAUUCUGGCAGUUUGUUGACACUGUGAAAGAGCUCACUGUAUACAAGCAAGGAGAGUCUGUGCGCUCGUACUACAACUUGAUCCUUAAGAAGGCCGGCCAGUUUCUCACAGAUCUUCAACUUAAUCUCCUCAAAUUUGCUCUGGCCCUACGGUCAUACUCACCAGCUGUCCAUGCAUCUCAACAGAUAGCUAGUGAUGAGCCUCCGCCUGAGGCUUGCCCAGCCUUUGUCUCCAUUCAUGGUCAACAUAGCUGCAGUACCAAGGAGAUCAAGAAACUCCUGAAGGCAGCUGCAGGCAGACCAAAACCGUAUUUGUACAAGAAUGAUCACACAUAUCCAGGGGUCAAUAAAACAGAUGUGCCUGUUGUGAUCCUAUAUGCUGAGAUUGGGACCAAGAAGUUCACCACUUUCCAUAAGGUGCUGUCAGAGAAGGCGCAAGAAGGCACACUUAUUUAUGUGCUGCGGCAUUAUUUAGCGCAUCCGAAGCCUCAAAAAAUGCUUUUAUCUGGGUAUGCUGUUGAGUUGGCUAUCAAAAGCACAGAAUACAAAGCUGUGGAUGACACCAAAGUAGCAGAUUCAAAGGCAGCUACAAAUGCAGAGGAUGAGAAUGACGAUGAAGUUCAAGGAUUCCUGUUUGGAACAUUGAAGAAAUCUCACCCUGAAAUCCAGGAGCAACUCACUGAUCUUCGCAGACAUCUCCUAGAGAGUACCAAUGACAUGGCCCCUCUCAAAGUGUGGGAAAUGCAAGAUCUUAGUUUCCAGGCAGCUGCCAGAAUCAUGUCCGUGCCAAAGUUUGAUGCUUUGAAGCUCAUGCGAGACAUCAGUCAGAACUUCCCAAGCAAAGCCAGAUCACUGACAAGAGUGGCCGUAAAGCAGGAAAUGAGAAAAGAAAUUGAGGGGAACCAAAAGCAUCUCAGCGAGACUAUUGGUGUUCACCCAGGAGACGGGGAGCUCUUCAUCAACGGGCUGCACAUUGAUCUGGACACUCACAACCCUUUCAGCAUUUUGGACAUCCUCAGAGGAGAGGCCAGGGUCUUGGAGGGGCUUCAUAACCUAGGCAUUAAAGGAGAACAUCAGGGAAAGUUGCUGAAGUUGCCUGUGAGUGCUGUGGAUGACAGCUAUGCCUUAGAUAUCAGGCAUCCAGCUAUAAUGUGGCUAAAUGAUAUAGAGAAUGAUCCAGCAUACCGCAGCUGGCCAACAGGUGUACAGGAGCUCCUCAGAGCCACUUUUCCCGGAGUCAUCCGGCAGAUCAGACGCAAUUUCUUCAACCUGGUGCUGUUCCUUGAUCCACUACAAGAAGAAAGUGUUGAGCUGGUAAAACUAGCAGAGCUUUUUUACAAGCACAAGAUCCCCCUGAGAAUUGGAUUUGUGUUUGUUGUCAACACCAAAGAUGAGAUUGAUGGCUUCUCAGACGCCGGGGUCGGAUUUUACCGACUGCUGAAUUACAUUGCAGACGAGUACGAUUUAUCCCAGGCUCUGAUAUCAAUGCUCUCAUUGUACACCAAAGUAGAAGUUGGGGAGACACUGUCUGUUGAUACAGUCACUGCUUACCUGAAGAAGAAAUUCCCCAAAGCUAAUGCUGAAAGGAUUCUAGGUGUAGAAUCGGAAUAUGACUACAAAAGACAGGAUGGAGCCCUCUUCUACAAAAAGAGUGGCCUGGGUGCCCUACCCCUGGCUUUAUUUAAUGGUGUUCCUCUGAGCCCAGAUGAGACAGAACCAGAUGAGCUGGAAACCAUCAUCCUGCAGCGCAUUAUGGACACCACCACUGCCUUCCAAAGAGCUGUCUUUAUGGGCCAGCUGACUGAGGGCUCGGAUGUGGUCGACUAUCUAAUGGAGCAGGCCAAUGUGGUCCCCAGGAUGAACCCUCUUAUUUUAAGCACUGACAGACAGUACCUGGACUUCACUGCCAAGCCAGUUGUGGAUGAUUGGGAGGACACAACUAUGUUUUCAUACUUGGAUUCCAGAGACAAAACAGCCGUGAUGUCUAAAAGAAUGAAGUACUUUACAAAUAAUGAUGAGGAUGGCAUGAGUGCUGUAACCAUGUGGAUAGUGGGAGAUUUUGAGAAGGUCUCAGGAAGAAAACUUUUGCUCAAUGCUCUGAAACAUGUGAAGGCCAGCCCUGGAGUGCGUGUGGGGGUGAUAGAUAACCCCACUGGAAAGCCCAGCGAAGAUAACACUGUGCUGUACAGGGCUAUCUGGGCUUCUCUCCUCACCCAGAAGAAUAAGGCUGCAGCAGAGUUUGUGCAAAAACUCCUGAAAGAGGAGAGCAGCCAGCUCCUCCAGCAGGGCAGGACCAAGAUGAAGGACUUUCUGAUUCAGGGCAUGGACGAAGAUGCCUUCGAGAAAAAGUUCAACACAAUGGAAGUGGAUUUUAUCCGCAGUCAGCAGCUGUUUUGUAGAGAGGUCCUGAAACUGAGUCCUGGACAGCGGGCAGUCAUCAGCAACGGCAGGAUACUCGGCCCGUUUGAAGAGCUGGAGGAAUUCACUGUGGAGGAUUUCCACUUGCUGGAGAAGAUUACACUGAGCGGUUCUGCAGAGAAAGUCAAAGCCAAAGUUAAACAGAUGGGGAUGAAGCCAAAGCACGCUAGCGAUUUGAUGAUGAAAGUUGACGCCCUCCUAACUGCAGCACCCAAAGGAGAGGUCAGGAGAGAUGUCCACUUUAUCAAAGACAGCCACAGUGUGCUCAACCUCUCCCCGCGUGAAAACGAGGUGUUCUAUGAUGUUGUGGCCAUCGUCGACCCCCUCACUCGGGAGGCGCAGAAGAUGUCCUCUCUACUUAUCGUGCUCAGUCAAGUGAUCAAUGUGAGACUGCAGGUGUUUAUGAAUUGCAGGGCCAAGUUGUCCGAGAUGCCCCUCAAGAGCUUUUACCGCUUCGUCUUGGAGUCCGAUGUGAGUUUCUUGGCCAACGACACAGUGUCUCCAGGACCAGUUGCCCGCUUCACAGAGCUCCCCGAGUCUCCUCUUCUCACCCUUAAUAUGAUCACACCAGAGAGCUGGAUCGUGCAGGCUGUCCGCAGCCCUCAUGACUUGGAUAACAUCCACCUUCAGGAGGUGAGCGGGGUGGUGACAGCAGAGUAUGAGCUGGAGCAUCUCUUGCUGGAGGGCCACUGCUUCGAUCUGUCAACCGGCCAGCCUCCACGUGGACUGCAGUUUACUCUGGGCAUGAGUCAGGACCCACUCAUGUAUGACACUAUUGUCAUGGCUAACCUGGGAUAUUUCCAGCUGAAAGCCAAUCCUGGCGCCUGGAUCCUGAGAUUACGUAAAGGGAGAUCAGAGGAUAUCUAUCAGAUUGUGACGCAUGAUGGAACAGAUUCCCCUGCAGAUGCUGGUGACGUCAUAGUUGUGUUGAACAGUUUCCACAGUAAGAUCAUCAAAGUCAGAGUACAGAAAAAGGCAGAUAAGAUCAAUGAAGACCUUCUAAGUGAAAAUAGUGAAAGCAAAGGCAUAUGGGACUCCAUAGCAAGUGUUUGGAGCACUUUUGAGAAAAGCAUCACAGGUGGCGGCUCCAAGAAGGAUGAUGCAGAGAAGAAGAAAGAGGACGUUCUAAACAUAUUCUCUGUGGCGUCGGGCCAUCUGUACGAGCGCUUUCUGAGAAUAAUGAUGUUGUCCGUCCUCCGGCACACCAACACACCUGUCAAGUUCUGGUUCCUCAAGAAUUACCUCUCUCCCUCUUUCAAGGAGACCAUCUCUCACAUGGCAGAGGCAUAUGGAUUUCAGUACGAGUUGGUACAGUACAAAUGGCCCCGCUGGCUCCACCAGCAGACUGAGAAGCAGCGCAUAAUCUGGGGCUACAAGAUCCUCUUCUUGGAUGUUCUGUUCCCUCUGGCUGUGGACAAGAUCAUCUUCGUGGACGCCGACCAGAUAGUUCGAGCUGAUCUAAAGGAGUUGAGGGAUUUAGACCUGGAGGGUGCACCGUAUGGAUACACACCGUUCUGUGACAGCCGCAGAGAAAUGGAAGGCUAUCGCUUCUGGAAAACUGGCUACUGGGCCUCACAUCUAGGACACAGGAAAUACCACAUCAGCGCUCUGUAUGUAGUAGAUUUGAAGAAGUUCCGGAAAAUUGCAGCCGGGGACAGAUUACGAGGCCAGUACCAAGCCCUGAGCCAAGACCCCAACAGUCUGUCCAACCUGGACCAGGACCUCCCGAACAACAUGAUCCACCAGGUGGUCAUCAAGUCUCUUCCACAGGAGUGGCUGUGGUGUGAGACGUGGUGUGACGACACCUCCAAAGUCACAGCAAAGACUAUAGACCUGUGCAAUAACCCAAAGACCAAGGAGCCCAAGCUGACGGCCGCGGCGAGGAUCGUGCCCGAGUGGGUCGAAUACGACAACGAGAUAAAGCAGCUGCUGAGACGGGCGCAGGAAGAGGGAGACACAACAACGCAAGAGCAGUCCAGAAAGAGUCCCUCUUCUUCACAACAUAAAAAAGCGGACAACCAACGUGAUGAACUUUAGUGUCUGCCAGCUCCGUGCUGAAGAGGAAAGAGGCAGCUCCUAUUGCAUGCAGGCCACCUGUGAAGCUUGAAGACAGACAAUUCCAUCUAAACAUAGCCAUGGAGUGUUACAUCCUCAGCCGGAGAAGGAUGUGAUAUUUUCAGAGAUGCCAUAUCUGCUUCUGCAGUCAAUACGUCUUACAAAUUUAACACACGACGCGAGUGUUAACUGCCAACUGUGAACCUGUGGUGUGCUCUCAGCACUGCAGUCUAGGGAGAAUUAAGUAUAUGAAGAGAGUUAAUGAGAAGUCAGUGAAAGCACUCUAUUAGGUGUAUAAAAUGUUGGCAUAUAUUGCACUGAUGAUGUAUGCAAAGAAUCAAAAAGAGGAGGCACAUUUCUAGAAAUCUCUUCUUGGAGUGUAUUUCUUUUUUUUUUUUUUUUUUUUACGUAAAAAUGAGUUCACAAAGCUUUUACAUUUAGGUAUUCUUAAUUUGACUCUGUGUUGACUGAAAUGCCCAAACCAAACUUGUGACUGAAAUGAAGCUAGUUGUGUUUUUAAAUUUCCAAAUGUGCUGCAAAGUUGUUACAUUAUUAGUCUGACCUUUUUUAGCUCAGCCUUCCCUUCUUAGAUUUAUUAUUAUGUAUAAAAUGAGUUCAGAGAACUGCAUCAAAAAGCUGUCUUAUUCUCACCUCUUAUGUCUGCCAUUAACGUUUGUUUGUUUUGUGAUCUUGUGGGGAGGGUAUUGCAUUUUUUUCAAGAAUCAAAGGGAGGGUCCAACGCGUAUAUUUUUUAUACACGAUAAAAUAUAGGAUUCAGUCCUCUUCCCCGUUCACCCUGUAACUUUCAUACCGUCCUAGUUGGCUCUGAUUACUAAACCCCGCCUCCUAACUGCUAUAGUCCAAUUGUAGCCAUGAUUUUAAGGAAUCUGCACAGUUUUCUUUUUACUGCAUUCAGACGUUCCAAGAGCAAUGUUAGAAAUCACAACCUUCUGGGGUCAACUUUCAUUACAAUGAUGUAUCUUAUAAUGUUAGGGCUAAAUAGCUCUACCCUGCAAAGACAUUACAUCAACAAUGUUGCUGUUUUAUCAUGAGUGGGAUGCUAAAUACGUGCCUGGGACAUAUAGCUAGCUACAUAGCUAUGUAUCAUUUUUUGAUUCUUACUUUAAAUAUAAUCCGCAACACUAAAAACUCUGCUGGUGACGGCGUUUUUCAACCAACUUGCACACUUCUGGCGUUAGUUGGAGUGUCACUGUACAACAGCAAAGAUCAUGGCAUCACAGUUUUCAUAAUAUAAAAUCCUGAUGAUGUAACAUUUGUUGGGAUCUUUAUCACUCACGUUUUCUUACAUCUGGAGAAUGAGAUUUUGUAGGCCAGGUCAUCUCUGCAACACGGCACUGCUUCGGUAUGAUCCUGUUUUGUAAGUUUACCUCAAUGAAAAAAUAGCAGCUUGGACUCUGCCUGUGCCCACAUUGUGAAUUGAUUAUGUUUCAAUUAAUUGUGUAGCCCCAUUGAAAGCUGUGGUCGUGGCCAUUACCUUGUAGCUAGCCAACACUACAGCAGAUUCAAAUUUGCUUUAGUUCAGCAGACCAGAUUAGACUUCAUUAUUACCAAGUUAUGGAUCAAAGAAUCCUCAUUUGCACAGUAAAGGUCGUGGUUGCUGGAUAGACUAUAGGAUUUAACUUAUUGCAGUAUGUUUACGUCUUAUGUACAUCCAACUUCCCUGUAUUCAGAGUAUUUUUUUUCACAAAGGACCAGUGUUUUUGUCUCAGGAAUAAGAUGGGUGGUUGCUGCUCAACUGAAGCCAACAGUAGUUUUUGCUGUCUUAAAAAGUCAAUAAAAAUGGGUGCAGAAAAGUCUGCUUUCAGGACACCCAUCUCUCACUGUGCUGUGUCAAAAAGACAUGUUUAUAUCACUGUCUGGUGGAAAAAAAUAAAUCUUUGCUACAAAACCGUCA